GGGCAUAUACGUUUCAGAUUUUGUAUUGGCCUGGCGAGAAUUGAAUUUAUAGUUUUUGUAGUCAAAGAAAUUAACAUCAUGUGGUCCGCACUAAGCCGUGUGGUUAAUAAGAUUCAAGCAUCGCUACCAUGUCGUUUUGCCGGUGGCUAUGGUGGUGGAUGUCCAGGAGUGAACCUGCCCUGGAGCAAGGGCAUGCAUAGUCCUAUUCGUUUCACUAUAUUCUAUGCAAUUCUUGGAAUUUUGGGAUUUGGUGCGCCAUGGUUGGUUGUACGCCAUCAAAUGCUUCGGGAUGUUACUCUACCCGAACCUGUCUCCGAGGAUGAGGCCGAAGCAGUUGUCGAUGAGAAUGAAAAUAAGAAGUAAAUAAUUACCAUAUAUUAAUAAAAAGAUUUUACUUUCUUGUUACUUGUUUCGGAGAGCAUUGCACAUUAA